UUUCAUCGGAACAGCAACGCGGCGUACCAAAUCGGAAAAGGAUAUAUCGGAGUGACUAAACGCUGAAAUACGUAAAGGACUCAAAUCAGACACGACCCCACAAGGAACAGCGUGAAUUGAAGCCCAAGGAAUGCCCCAAAUCGGUCAACCUGUAAGUCUGAAUCCUGCGUGAGUCUUGGUAGAUUAAAGGAUGGCGGCGUCCAGCUCAAUUAUGGAAACCGUCGCCAUUUUGGCCCUGCUCCUUGGCCUAUUUAUCCGGAGUGGCUACUGCAUAGACUGCUUCAAGUGCGUGUCCUAUAAUGGAGCGAAUAAAGCCUGCGACGAUCCGUUCCACAACAACUACUCCACGGCCAUCCUCGAGUCGCCCUGCAUGGGAGGACGAAAGGGCCGUGAUGGCCUGUUUCCGGCCACCGCCUGCAUCAAGAUCGCCGGCUAUUACGAUGAAACCGGUGAGACGAUAACGGUGAGGGGUUGCGCCCUGGACAGCGGCACCCUGACCACCGACACCGAAAUAAUAAGGAUGUCGCAUUGCGGAAAGUUCUACUACGAUGAUAAGUACGUGCACGGAUGUCUGCAGAGCUGCAGCGACGCGGAUGCCUGUAACUCGGCCAAGAGGCACGGACACCACGCCGCGGACCUGGAGUCGCUCAUGCGGCACCUGCUCAGCCUGGCUGUGCUUUUCUUGGCUGUCGCCAGGUAGCAGUAUCAGUAAGCGGAGGAAUUUCUCGGAAAUGGGGGAAAUGCGGAAAACGAAGUGAGGCAGCGUGAAAAGCAUUUAGUUAAGGUCGGCUGCGCGCGUGGAAAUCUUUUCUUUAGGCGUCUCUCCUCUCUACCAAUCUCUAUCAGUGUCUAAGAUUGCACCUACAAUAAUGCACAAGAGCAACUUCAAAAGCAGCAAGGACACGCGGACACAACCACACACUCUAAACCAAAAUAAAAACACAAACACACAUAACAUUAUGGAAUUCAUCAAGCAAUUAUGUGAUUUAUAAAUGAAUACUUAACAACUAUCUAACAAUAAUUGAUGAACACGAACGAAAACUAUUUAUGUAGAUGCUAAGCAUUCGAGAGUCGAAAAUCAAAGGAACACACUGCAACCUAAAUUCAAAUUCUAGCUGCAAUUAUUUUUAGACUCUAAGAAACGAACCUAGACUUUAAACGCUGUCGCUGCUAAGUUUCGAUGGAACAAUAUUAUAAAUUAACGAAGGCAGAAUGUUUUACGAUUUAUAUACGAUCUGUUUUACCUUAACUCGAAUAAGUAUGUAUUUUUCGCCUCUCUAGAUGAGUAUUGUACAUAUACAAGAGAAUAUUUAUCUAUUUGUUAAAAGAAUGCUGAAUUUUGGGCAAAUUAUAAAUUUAAAAGUAAUUGUGUGUAAAUGAAUUAGUAUGUAAAAUUAGCAAACGAAAACUGCGAGCCAGGGGAGUGCCUACAUAUUUGCUUUCAUUUUGGAAUUACAUUUUUCUAAAUCCUUUUCAGUUUUUAUGUUUUUAUUACACCAAUGAGUCAAAACCCUCAUAGAUUAUUUGAUUUUGUUGAAACUAAAUGAAGCAACUAUAUUCUCAAGUGCUUUCCUGAGUAACAAUUUUC